UCUCCCGGCGGCGCUUAUUCCCCCACCGCUCUCCCGUUGCUCCCCUACCAAGCGGCGAUUCAGGAGAGACCCGGACCCGAACCUCUCCGGCGGGUGGAUGGAGUUCUCGGCGAUGAAGCGGAGGGAGCUGUUGGAGCUCUGCCGGCAGCACGGCCUCGCCACCCGCGGCUCCAAAGCCGACCUUGCCGCUAGCCUCGCGGGUGCCAUCUCGGGUGCAGCUGCUGCUGAGAGUGUGGUUGAGGUGGUGGUGGGGAAGGGGUGUCUGAAGCGGCAGGGAGGUAGUGCUAGUGGUGGUACUUCCGGUGUUGCCAAGAAGGUGCGAUUUGCAUUGGACCAAGAGUCAGAGGAGAGGGCAAAAUUAGAGACCAAUAAGUUGUGUAGAUUACCAGUAGCCAAGGACUUGAAGAUAGUUCACCCAUUGACAUUUAAUACUGCUAAUAACAGUGUGAAAGAUUUUGUGGCGAAGGCAGAAAAAGAGCUGGGUUUCACAAAGAGGAGUAGCGGUGAUAAGAGAAAAAAUGCUGGUGGAGUUUCAUUCUCUGGUGACAGUGGUAGUAAGGCUCCAGCUGCAAUAAUGACAUUAGGAGUGCAUGAUGAAAGAACCACAUGCAUGCAUGAAAGUGUUAGUGGUGAGGAGUUUCAAAGUGCCAAGGGUCGAGAUGUGGGUAAGCAGCCAGCAAUAAGGGGGCCUGUUAGGCGAUCAACACGUAGAUGUGUGGUGGCAGGUCAAAUCUGAGGCAGCCUUCUCUUUGACUGGAUCCAUCAUCCCUAUGAUCCACCACCCGGAGCUCAGAGGCAGGUGGGUUUUUGUUAGCUUAAGUGGUGGAAUUCUAACCUAGUGCUUGAUCAUGUACUCAAGAGUAUUUAUGUGCUCACAAUUAAUAUUAACCAUGGCGGUUACCUAUUU